AUGCAUAAAAGAAAUAACCAAUCGACUUUGUUCGAUUUUUUAAAAACAAAAAACAAGAAUCAUGAUUCUAUUGUGGAAAGCGGCCUUACUGCCUUAGUGCCAACUGCUUCAACUGCAAUAGAGGUGGAUUCAUUACCAGUAUGUCCCAUCCAUCCAGUUCUAAUCACACCAACAGAAGUAGAAUUUACUGAUAUACAAUUGAGAUGUCACCCUAACGAUCCUUCUCUGCCCCUUCCAAAAAACCGCCAUGAGCUUAAAGCAAGAAUUUUGCAGGGUCCUUACCAACCAAUCUUGAGUUUAUAUCCAAAAACAAAAAUAGGAAAUCAGUAUCGUAGUUUUCAAGUUCAGUAUUUUCAGAAGUACAAAUGGAUAGAGUUUAGUGAGAAAGAAAAUGCUGCAUAUUGUUUUCCAUGUAGAUUCUUUAAAUCUAAUAACUUAAAUAAUGGUCAACUUGAACAGUCUUUUUCAACUAAAGGUUUUAAGAACUGGGCUAAUGCAACAAAACUCCUUAACAAACAUCAGUUAUCAAAUGCUCACAUUACUAGUGCAUCUUCGUUAUCUCAUUAUAUCUCUGGAAAACCUAUUGACGAGGUUUUGGACAAUGCUAAAAAAGAAAAUUUGAAACAGUGUGAAGCCAAUCGUAUACAAAAUCGUACAUAUUUGGCACGAAUUAUUGACUUAACAAUUUUACUUGGUAAAUGUGGUCAAGCAUUUAGAGGCCACAAUGAGAAGGAAGGCAGUAACAAUAGAGGUUUAUUUCUGGAACUAGUUUCUUUGUUGAAAAAGUAUGAUAGUGUUAUGUCCAACCAUUUAGAAAAAGGUCCCAGAAAUGCUUCAUACACCAGUAAUAGAACACAAAAUGAUAUAAUACAGUCAAUACAUAAUGUAAUGCUUCGAAAGAUUUCAUCUAUGCUCAAAAAUAAAUAUGUUUCGAUUAUUGCUGAUGAAACCAGUGACUGUGGUCAUCACGAGCAGAUGUCUAUAGUAGUUCGUUUUUUUGAUACAAGUUUGAAUAAACCAGUUGAAUACUUCAUGGGUUUGCAACGUCUUUUAAAAGUUGACUCACAGUCUAUUUUUGAAGCUUUAAAUAAUUUUGUAGAAAAUAUUGGUAUAUCUUGGGAAAACGUUAUUUCUGUAUGUUUUGAUGGAGCUGCUAACAUGUCUGGUUGUCAUAAUGGUGUACAAAUGAAGUGUAAAGAAAAAAAUGAAAAUAUAUUUUAUGUACAUUGCUAUGCACACUGCCUGAAUUUAGUCUUAGUAGACUCAAUCGGAAGAAAAAAUGUAGUAUUAUUUGAUUUUUUUGGUACAGUACAACUAAUUUAUUCUUUCUUAGAAGGGUCUUGUACAAGGCAUGCUGUAUUAGAAAAAUUUGCAACCAAAAUUAAUAUAAAACUAUGCUCACUUAAAUCCUUGUCGACAACUAGAUGGGCAUGCAGACAUGAAGCUGUAUCAGCUGUCAAGUCCAAUUAUUCUGCUUUAAUACUUGCUCUCGAAGAAAUAUAUAAAGAGACAACUGUAUCAGAAGCUAGAGCUAAAGCUCGUGGUAUUUUAAUGCAAAUGAAAUCAUUUGAUUUUAUUUUUUCAUUAAAUAUGAUGCACUCAAUUCUUAUGAUAAUUGUUAAAGUAAGUAGUAGCCUACAGUCAAAAAGUAUUAACCUUUUAACAGCGGUAUCUUUAGUAACAUCAUUAAAAGCAAACAUUCAAAAGUUCAGAUCUGAAGAUGAAUUAUUUAAUAAUAUAUAUCAAGAUACAGUUCAACUUUGCUCACAAAAUAAUAUAAUAAUUCCUGAAGUGAGAAAACGUAAAAUAUCUUGUUUUUUGGAUGAUAAUAAAACUCAAACAUUUCAUCAGACAAAAGAACAUGAAAUUAAGAUAAAUUGUUAUUAUGUAGCAUUAGAUGACAUGAUAAAUGGAUUAAAUACUCGAUUUUCUCAGGAAACAUUAGGUAUUAUUUCAGCAGUAGGUAAUACUCUUCAACUGAUUCCUACAGAGAAUGAUAUACAAUUACUUCAAGAAAAACUUAAAGUAAAUUCUGAUUGUUUUAAAACAGAAAUCAAAUUACUUAAAGAACUUCCAGAUACUCCUGAAAAGACUUCUUCUGAAUCUAUAGAAAAUUGGAUAGAAUGGUUACUUAAUUUAGUUAUUCCAGUCACUAGCUGUUCUAGUGAGAGAUCAUUCUCAAAACUUGCGUUAGUGAAGUCAAAGUUGCGGAAUACAAUGAAACAGGAUAGACUUGAUUCUUUACUGUUAUUAUUUGUAGAACAAGACCUAUUGACUAAAAUUGACUACAAUGAUGUCAUUGAAGAGUUUAAAAUAUUAGUUCCCGGGGAAAGACGUCUACCAUUAUAA